ACGGAUUAUAUGGAAUGAUUUUGCUCAAGUUGUAACCCUUGGGAACCUUACAACUCUAAAGCUAAGUGAUUGCAAGAAGUUAAAAUAUAUAUUUUCACCUGCGACGGCUCCUAGUCUAUCACAUUUGAUGGAUCUUUUCAUCGAGGGCUGUGACGAAUUAGAGCGAAUCAUUUUAGCCAAGGAUCAAGUUUCUUCUUCAUCAUCAAAUGCGAAUACUGGCCUCCAACCUCUAAGCUUUCCAAAUUUGACUAAGAUCAUAGUUACAAAUUGUGGUAAUUUGAAAAGUCUCUUUCCUUUUGGAUCUGUUCCUGUUCUUCCAAAACUUGAAAGUCUCAUAGUUAAAAGGAACUCUAAAUUAGAACAAGUAUUCAAAUUAGAAGAUGAAGUGGAAGUGACAGCUGAAGAGGAGAUGAAAUUUGAUAAAUUAGAAAGGUUAACACUUGAAGAGCUACCAAGUCUCAUUCACUUCUGUCCCAAAGAAUAUCACAUUGUAUUGUCAGCAUUGGUAGAGUUGAAAGUAAAAGAUUGCCCUAAGUUGACUACUAGUUUCUUCGUUGAUGCACAGAUAUUUGUGCAUUGCAUAACAAAGACACCCCAAUUGGUUGAGCAAGAUGCGAUUGAAGAGACCGUCACUGAUGCAAUUUUCAACAAGAAUAUAGAUUGGAGCCUGCUGGGAGGUGGGAGUCAACUACCAUGCAUUACAUGAAAGAAUGGAUUAUUUUAGAACAACUUUCAAAGUCAUGUUACAUAAAUCAGUAGGUGGAGAUCUAUAUUGUUUGGAUUUUUUUGGUUAAGUGUCUGAUAUAAUUUGUGUCUAACAUGAGUUUAUUGAUUUUUUUAAGUUUUUUUUUUUUAUAUAUUUAGAGGAUCAUAUAUAUCCAUAUCCAAAUGGAUGAAGAUUCAAAGUAUCAUAAGUUCAAAUAUAUCAACUAAAUGCAGGUAAAAAACAUGGUUUUCGAUUAAAAUUUUUAGUUUCUUUUUCUUUUCUAAAUUUACCUAUGUAAUAACCAAAUUUAGUGUGAUUCACUUGUGUUUAUGUUUUUUAUUUUGUUAAAAACAGGUGUGUUGAUAACUGUGUUUCUAACUGGUAUAAAAGCUUUGCUUUAAUAGAGUUAUGAAGCAAAA